AUGCCAGCAGCACAGCGAGAUUCCCAAGUGCACGUGUGCAUGUGCUCACCAUCCACAAGCACACACACGCUCGCGCACGCACGAGUGGCGGGAGCGGAAGCCAUGCCUCCCCUCCUCCUCCCGGCCUCGCCGUCGCUAUCGCUACACUUCGCCGGUGCCGGUGCCGCUACCGCUGCGUCGUCCUCCCGCCGCGCCAUGGUCGCUGUGGCGUCCGCGGCGUCCAGGAGCUCGUCGUCGUCCUCGUUCGACGCGUCCGCCUUCGAGGCCGAGCGGCUCCGCCUCGACGCCGACGCGCGGGCCUCGAUGGUGACCACCGCCGCGGGAGCGCAGGCGGAGGCGGACCCGAGGGCGUGGAAGUGGAAGAUACGAAAGCGGGUGUGGGACGUGCUCGAGGCCGAGGGCGUCGCGCGCAACCCCCGCCCCGUCCACCACCGCAUCCCCAACUUCGAUGGCGCCGCCGCCGCCGCCGAUUCGUUAGGGAGGUUGGACGUGUUUCAGAAUGCACAAUGCGUGAAGGUCAAUCCGGAUUCGCCGCAGAAGCAAGUUCGAUUCUUAACACUCUCAGGCGAUAAGAAACUUCUGACACCGCAACCACGGCUCAGGACGGGGUUCUUCUCCGUUCUAGAAUCUCAGAUGAUACCCACUGGAUGCAUUCCUGAAGCAUGCACUUCUGUUGGCGCAGUCAAAUAUGGAAGGCCGAUAGAUCUAGAUGAAGUGAUUAAAGUGGAUCUGAUUGUGAUUGGGUCGGUUGCAGUUGAUCCAAGCACGGGAGCACGACUAGGGAAGGGUGAGGGAUUUGCAGAGCUGGAAUAUGGGAUGCUUCGUUAUAUGGGAGCUACAGAUGAUUCGACCAUGGUAGUAACAACUGUACAUGACAAGCAAUUAGUGGAUGACAUUCCAGUUGAAAAGCUGCUAAUUCAUGAUGUACCGGUUGAUAUUAUCUGCACCCCAACUCAGGUCAUCUUAACAAAUACUGCAAUCCCAAAGCCACAAGGGAUUUAUUGGGAAAAACUAUCUCCCGAAAAAUUGGGCCAAAUUCGAAUUUUAAGAGAGCUGAAGAGACGCAUAGAGCAAGAGACAGGAACAAUACUUCCUUGUGGGCCAUCUGAGAAUCUACCCCCAACAGCUCAACGAAGAAAAAGAAGAGGGCGGUAA